UCCUACAAGAACACCACUCUUUUUUUUUCCCUUGAGAACUCGUCUCUAUAAAAACCAGAGACAAUCUUAGACAAAACACCGCUUUCCUUGUUGUAGUCCAUCGACAUUGCUAACUAGUCUUCUGCAUCCUGCCCCUCCCUCCCUCUCUCUGUAGUUUGUGCAAACAAUGGCAGGAUCUGCAAUCAAACCCACACCCCUUUUGAAAGAUGAGCUGGAUAUAGUGAUACCCACUAUUAGAAACCUUGAUUUCUUGGAGAUGUGGAGGCCUUUUUUUGAGCAAUAUCACUUGAUUAUAGUCCAAGAUGGUGAUCCAUCAAAGACAAUCAAGGUCCCUGACGGUUUUGACUAUGAGCUCUACAACAGGAAUGAUAUUAAUAGGAUUCUGGGUCCUAAGGCUUCUUGCAUUUCAUUCAAGGACUCUGCUUGUCGCUGCUUUGGUUACAUGGUCUCCAAGAAGAAGUAUAUCUACACCAUUGAUGAUGAUUGCUUUGUUGCCAAAAACCCAUCAGGCGAACAGAUUAAUGCACUCGAGCAGCACAUCAAAAACCUUCUGAGCCCAUCCACUCCAUAUUUCUUUAACACUCUUUAUGAUCCGUACAGAGAAGGUGCAGACUUUGUUCGUGGAUAUCCUUUCAGUCUUCGAGAAGGUGCUGCCACUGCUGUUUCUCAUGGCCUCUGGCUUAAUAUCCCUGAUUAUGAUGCUCCCACCCAGCUUGUGAAACCUCUGGAGAGAAAUAAGCGAUAUGUUGAUGCUGUUCUGACAGUACCUAAGGGAACCCUUUUCCCGAUGUGUGGUAUGAAUCUAGCAUUCAAUCGUGAAUUGAUUGGACCUGCUAUGUAUUUUGGACUCAUGGGAGAUGGUCAGCCAAUCGGACGAUAUGAUGACAUGUGGGCUGGCUGGUGCAUGAAGGUCAUAUGCGACCACAUGGGAUGGGGAGUUAAGACUGGCUUGCCCUACAUCUGGCACAGCAAAGCAAGCAACCCAUUCGUUAAUCUCAAGAAGGAGUACAGGGGGAUCUACUGGCAGGAAGACCUGAUACCAUUCUUCCAGGCCGCAGUUCUUCCCAAGGAAUGCGUCACUGUUCAACAAUGCUACAUUGAACUCGCCAAGCAGGUCAAGGAGAAACUUGGCAAGGUUGAUCCCUAUUUCAUUAAACUAGCUGAUGCCAUGGUCACUUGGAUUGAAGCUUGGGAUGGACUCAACUCUUCAGAGGAAAAAUCUUCGAAGCAACCCAACGGGACAGCAAAGUAGAGGAUUUAACACAAAAUUAUUUGCCUUUCGAGUACUAAAUCUGGUAGCUGCUUAGCUGUACCUUUAUCACGGUUGUAGCCGUCGUUGAGAUCAUUAUAUUAUUUAUUUAUUGACUUUGUGCUGAAGUAUUUUUGGUAUUGUUUUGUCGAAUGUUUUUAGUUUAAAAAUAUAUUAAAAAUAUUUUUAAAA